AACAUCUCAAGAUCAUUCGCUUAUAAAAGCCAUUUGCGAUACUCGGUCGAUUUUUCAGCAUUUUACUCACAGAAGAGAGAGAAAGAGCUAGAGCAGAGAUGAGAAAAAGAGGACGACCUGCGACGAAGAAGCCAUCAGCAGCCGAUUUUCUAACAUCACUUCCAGAAAGAGGACCUGUUAUCAAUCGUAAGAAGUCUAUUGAUUCAUCGCCGAUUGAACCCUUCGAUUUCAAUCUGAAUCCUCCAGUCAUGAACGCUAGUAAUCGCCGUAAAUCACCGAUGAAAUCUUCACCGCAAGUCAAAGAGGUUUCAUCUUCGAUUUCAGAGUUGAAGGAAAUGACAUCGUCGCAUUUAGAGUCCAUUAAGCGUCAAGUGGAACGCUCUCACUCUCACAUUCUCAAGGAAGUUGAAUCCUCAAAUUCUCGCCUUCACAAACGCCUCAAGAUUCAGGCUCAAGCAUGUCAGCAACUAAUGGAUGUCACAGACAAGGAAUUCAAGAAGAUGUCUGAGAGGAUAACUGAAAGCUGUGAAGCAAUGAAAGUAUCGUACGAUGAGUUUAUAGUAGAUGCACAAACCAGCGCUGCUCGUGUGUGUAAGUCGUCAAUAACAGAAAAAGUAGAAUCUUUUGAGAAAGCUAUUGAUUCUCUUCGUAAUCGCUAUGGGAUCUCAGCUUAAGCUGGCAUUGUUUGGUUUCCUGGGACAAAGUGCUAAAGUUCGGAAAAUAUGGUGUCAGAAAGAUUGAGUGAGACAUAAGCUGAUCCGCCUGGUUUACAAUCCAUCCAAUAAGAUUAAAAAAGAGCAUAUACACGAGUAAUCAAAUAGGUAAACAAUGUAGUAACACAGCAUGUUGAGAGUUGAGAUGGAGACAAGUAUGCAUAUGAAAGUGGGUACAAGAAAACUAAACUAAAAAGCUUAUUCUAUUACUGGAGUGUAGACUGCUGUAAAAUCUGCUCUAUUAGCUUGAAUUCGUCAUAAAUAUGAAUUCUUGCUUCAUCUUCGUGUUUUUAGCUUUCAUGCAUCAGGACAAUUAUGAUUAGAUUUUUGUUAUGCUGAGAUUUUGUCGAUGAAACUUUGAAUGAAA